UCCAUGCCUGCCAUCUCCUCAUGGCAUUCCCCAUUACCUUUGUUUCGACUCCUUGUGGGCUUUGGAUACUCGCUGUUCGCAAGAGUCGUAAGGCCACCCACGUAUCUAUACCCAUGAGCAAAGCGGUGGAAGCCGAACUAUCAUGGCCCACACAUUCUGCUGCGCCCACCCUCAAGGCCGCAUCGACUCGCCAGAGCCGCCGGCCCGACCUCCACUCAACAUUGGCAGCAUCUUUGCUGCAGCCGCCCUACCGGAAGAUCAUCCGCAUGCUUUGAGGAUGCCGGGCAAGAAGCCGGAGCUUGUAUCAAGCAUCGUUCGAAGCCCGAAUAUUGCUAGAAAGAUUACUUCGCAGUUCCGACGAAAGUCUUUCAAAGCGUUAAGGGAUGAUGGGGAGUACGAUUCCGAUGCGCGGGCUAUGACCUCGACCGAAGUUGUGGAUAGUGCUGAGGCGAUGCCUCCCAGUAAAUGUGAUCACGACUUCUGCAAAGACGAGUCUAUCGGCUCCCUUCGAAGCAACGUUCAAGCCACGAGUGCAUCUGUGAGAACAGUCACUGAGGAUCCGGAGAGCGAAGUCCGUCAUUCGGUGCUGAAGAGCCUUGAGUGGCUCAGGCCGGCCAUAGAGCAACCUGCAGGUUUCACGCCAUGCAACGAGUCUGAUGUUGUCGAACUUGCUACGAGGGUUGCUAGGCUGCGGGAGGAGUCAUCUGCGGGCAUGCAGGGCACGCCCGUUGCAUUCAAGGUGCCGCAUUCUGUCAGCUCACCGAACCUCGUCUCGGAGGGGUACGACAGUCCUGGUAUAUUGCGACAAACAAGGUCGUUGCUCGGAAAGAGCUCGCUUCUCUUCGUGCCCAGAGGGAGGGCCAGCAAUAUCUCUAACGGCUCAUCUCGACGAUCUUCAUUGCGUGACGAAGCGAGUACGCCGCCAAGAGUAUACGACGGAGACACCGCCCAUCCCGAAGCAGGUCUGGACGGAGUAGCUACCCACGGUCACGCCAUCAUUAAAGGUGACCCUGGUGAUCGAGACGGCAUCCAUCUUCACAGUAUGGAUAUAUCAAGGCAGCUGCGGUCACUGUCUGCAAUGUCCGAGAGCGAGACAGACAGCGUGACUAGGGCGCUAACAGAGCCCUGGAGUUUCCACCGCCGCGAAAUGUCCGGAACACGUGUACAUUUGACUACUUCGCGUCACACUCGUCACCAUUCGAGCAAGAACGGCGGAAAGAAUAUCGCCCAGUAUCUGGACAGUCGGAUCAAGUCGCCAGCCCCUUCUUCAGUGUAUAGUCGGGCUUCGAGUACUGCAGGCGACAAUGGCGAUUCCGAAAAACAUGGGAACGCUAUCCCUGCGCCGUAUGACAUUGUUGGUUUGGACGGGGCACUUCCGGAUUGGCCUCUUCCCAUUCAUCGACCUCCGGCACCAAGACCCAUGACUGGAACCAGCACCGUUUCCGAUGCCAGUUAUACACGUCCGUCAUCGGAUCUCGUCACGAAAGGACCGGGUGUGUUGCCGAGCUCCAGCUCAGCAAAUUCCAUCAUUGAAGAUUAUGCGGCACAGCCUCGCUCUUCCGCACCAUUCCUAUCGCCACAAGCACUGCUGAACAUACCGAGUAAGGCUAGCUCAAGCCGGCUCACGGGGUCAAGUAAGCGCAGCAGAUUCUUCGAGCGCCUCUCCCCGCCAAAGAAGCUCGUCACCAAACGCCGGUCCAUCUUCAAGUUCCUCCGGCCAGGCAGCCGUAAGCGCCAAGUCCGCAGCAUCAGCUCACCAAUCUUGACCUGUUCCUACCCACUGCAGCCACUUGGCCCUUACGACGGCCCAGGCGACGAUCACGGCUUUCUCACUGUGCAAUAUGAGCUCGCCGGCAACCCAACACGUUCGCAGAGGUCAAUGAAUGUUGGCCAUCUGAGCCCUCAUCAGCAUCGUAAUGGAGAUAGUUACCUUGCAGUUCCGAGUACAUUACAGCGACGGCCAUCCCUCAUGGACUACGAACGCAACCUGACUGCUGUGGGCGACGAUCGCCGGCGCCCUUCGACACUGGCUCAGCAGAUUUUGCAAGAAGUCCGGGAAGAUGAUCGCCGAGAAUCUGUGCACAUUGGCCGCAAGCUUACCAGGGCCAAGCCUUUGGGAGACGAGUCGACUGGGCUCAUGGUGCAGGCGUUAGAGAAGCAUCAGCACGAGAAGGCCAUGUUCCAAUCGCCGAGCAAGCACAGAGAAUCGCUGGGCUUGAAGUACGGGGCUGUAGCUGCGCCAAGCUCGCAGACUGAUGCGUUAACCAUGAGCGGCGCCCUGCCUUCGUCACCACAUGUCAGCUCCCACGUCGAACAGUCAAGUCCGCAUAGUGGAGUUUCUACCAGCGGCGCAGUGGGUAUACGUCCCAGCGUGAGCCAUUACGCUCCGCCUGGCAGCGUUGUGGGUGCUCGGUCACGGUUUGCAUCAGCAAAUACGAGUCUGUUUCAGCCGCAGGCUGCUACUGAUCCCUCUGCAGCAUCAGGAGCUCAGAGAAUCGGAACAACUCUAAGCUCAUGGACUCGCUUUCCGUCGCACACGCGGACCGAACGGUGUUCCUCCGCUGGACGUACUGAUGCGGUUAUCGUGCGUGAUUUUGCCAUCGACGUUGCUGAUGACCAUGAUUCCCCUGAGAUCGAACCAGGAACAAGCUCGCCAACCAGCAAGAAGUCGAAGAAGAAAGCGUCUCACCUCCCACAAAGCAGCUCCACCAUCUUCGGUGAUCUAGCACGUUAUUACUCGAACAUCUUUUCUGGCAAUACUACAGCUCAGAACAGGCGCAGCUCAGUGGCUACUGGCGGAUGGCUUGCAAACCCAGACCUAGAACUCUUACCGCCUCAGUCAGCAAGCGAACCAGUCUUCCCACAACAUGACUUAUCUUUGAAGGAACGUCUGCAUGAGAUUGAGCAUAUGGUAGAGGAUGAAGUACGUAAGAACAUCGAGUACGUGGAGGACGAAGUGCGCAAGGACAUUGGGUACGUAGAGCAGGAAGCGGUGAAACUUGAAAAGGAGAUCGGUCAUGAUAUCGAUAUCCUCGAAGGCGAGGCCGGGCGGUUUUUGGGGUUUCAAUCCCAUCGGCGGAACGGCAAGCAGAAGGCAACGGAUCCUUUCAACGCGCACAAUCCUUUCACCGUCCAGUCGACUCAUGGCCAGCCAACUCGUCAGAGCAGCUUCGCUGGACCAAUGGACGACCAUGAGCAGGAACAUGUACCGCCAUUAGUAUCUACGACACAGCUCGCGCCGCACACUCGCCCAUCUGAGCGGAACAUGGCACUGGACGGGACGGCCGAUCCUGACAAUGGUACGCCGGUGGCGUUCAAAGCGGACAAGUGGUCUAGCAUGUACAAGGAAUGCUUGAUGUCAGCUCCUUCGACGGCAUCCCAAGAGCUCUAUGGAGAUGUGCCGCUCCGGCUUGAGGAACCUGCCGGACGGAUGGUGCCGCCUACGCUGCAGCCGCCGAAGCCUCGCUCGCCAUGCCAGCCGACUAUGCUGGAUUCUGGAACCCGCAUUCGGCGUUUCCCCUCGGUGACCGUCAUCGAUGAUCGCAAAGGCCACUCGAGGAGCGUUUCAUUGAUCUCGGUCAAGGUUGGCGCCGAUGGCCUGUUUCGCUCCAGCACGAAUCCCUUGAUACCACUUACUGAUCCGCAAGAGAGGGACGAGCGAGAGAAGCUGCUAUGUAGGCCGAGCAGAACGAGCAACUUCAGCCGUCAAGGUGUAGCUUGACGGGGUUUGCAAGAUUCGUUGACAACAGGCUUGCUAAAUGAGUAAGCUCUUCCACUGUAAUGGUACAGAUGGACUGCUGGAUAAGGCUACAGGAGGAUGACGUGCGUCUACUUUCUAUACGCUGAAUUUGAAGCCGCCAUUGGCCUAGAUCACAUUUUUGUUAGCAUUCUGGUAGGCCGCAGCCAUAGGUAUAUUGGGUAGCU